AUGGGGGAGAAGGCGGCGGCGGUAGGCGUGGGUGAUCAGGAUGAGGGCCAAGCGGGGGCGGGGUUGCUGCCGCUGGACGGCAUCCAGUACUGCAGCGACCACCCGUACAGGCCAGGGGCCGCGGCGGCUGCCGCGGCCGGCGGCGGGAUAUGCGCCUUCUGCCUGCAAGAGAAGCUGGGCAUGCUCGUCUCCUCCUCCAAGUCCAGCCCCUUCUUCCCGCUCGGCGGCCACCCGCCGCCUUCUGCCUCGCCCUCCUCGCCGCCGUCCUUCCGCCGCGCCGCCGCCGAGCCCCCGCUGCCGCUCCCGUCCUCCGCCAGAUCCCGCAAGUUCACGCCUUUCCACCGGAAGAAGACCUCCUCCUCCUCCUCCUCGUCUUCCUCCGCCUCGGCCACCCUGUCCGCUUCCAUGUCCGGAGGCGGGCUGAAGCGGAGCAAGUCGGUGGCGCCGAGGCCCGAGGAGCAGCAGCACUUCCCGUCCUUCGCCGCCUCGUCCGUGACGGCCGAGAGCCCCCGCAAGAAGAGCUUCUGGUCCUUCCUCUACAAUUCCUCCUCCUCCUCGUACGCCCACCAGACGGACUCCACCACGCCGUACGCCAACGGUGGCGCCGCCGCCAGGAGGAAGUCAGUUUCGGUGGCGUCGGCGGCGUGGGCGUCCCGAGGUGGCGCCGCGCAGGACCAGCAGCUGCGCUCCGGGGCGUCGGGGCGGCGCGGGUUGGAGGCUAUCGGCGAGCCGGAGAGCCCGACCCAGAGCCAGGUUUCGUCCUCGUCGUCCUUUGGGCGCAAGGUGGCGCGCUCGCGCUCCGUGGGGUGCGGCAGCCGCAGCUUCUCGGGCGACUUCCUCGAGCGCAUCUCCUUCGGCGACUGCACGCUCCGGCGCGUCGAGUCCCAGCGCGAGCCCAAGGCCAACAAGAUGCGCGCGCAGGGCCACCUGGGCGGCGCCGACGAAGACGACGAGGACGAAGACAGCGACGCGUACGAGCACCAGCACCGGAUCAAGUGCGCCGGGUUCUUCGGCGGCAUGGGCCCCACGUCCUCCUCCUACUGGCUCUCCGCCGCCGAGGGCGCUGCCGCUGCCGGCGCCGGCGGUGGCUGCACGAGAAAGCCAGGGUCUCGGAGCCACCGGAGCUGGGCGUGGGCGUUGGCCAGCCCCAUGAGAGCGCUGAGGCCGACGAGCUCCACCUCCACCUCCACGAAGAUCAUCACGGCCGAGCCUUCCACCCACAGCAACGGCAGCACGCCGGCGGCCGCAUUGUCCAUAUCUUCCCCGAUGCCGUCCUCGUUAGACGCGGCAGCGGCGGCGGCGACGAACUAAAGCUGCACCGCCGGCCGUCCGGUUAAUUACUCCAACCCCUGCCACUCCCCUCCUUGAAUCAGUAUACAGUUGCUCAUUCGCUGCCUUGUUCUCUCCCUUUUCGUGUUCUCUGCCAUUUGAAGAUCAAGACUGCUCAUAAAGUUGAAAUGUGCUGUGGAUUUUUCGUGAUA